AUGGGUUGUGAAGUAGGCAUGGGUUGUGAAGAAGGCAGAGGUUGUGAAGUAGGCAGAGGUUGUGAAGUAGGCAGAGGUUGUAAAGAAGGCAGAGGUUGUGAAGUAGGCAGAGGUUGUGAAGUAGGCAUGGGUUGUGAAGUAGGCAUGGGUAGUGAAGUAGGCAGAGGUUGUGAAGAAGGCAGAGGUUGUGAAGUAGGCAGAAGUUGUGAAGUAGGCAGAGGUUGUAAAGAAGGCAGAGGUUGUGAAGAAGGCAGAGGUUGUGAAGAAGGCAGAGGUUGUGAAGUAGACAUGGGUUGUGAAGUAGGCAAAGGUUGUGAAGAAGGCAGAGGUUGUGAAGAAGGCAGAGGUUGUGAAGAAGGCAGAGGUUGUAAAGAAGGCAGAGGUUGUGAAGAAGGCAUGGGUUGUGAAGUAGGCAGAGAUCAUUCACUCAGCCUCCUCACCAAUGAAGUCUGCGAUUACUCUCGUUCCUUCGAGAGCAAUAAGGGUCGCGUCCUCGGGGUGCUCCACCGCCCCUAA